GACAAUCUGACAACCAUAGCGCAGUCUCACCAAUGUCAUAAGUCAGCCGUGUUGUCUAACAUGGAAUUCAACCUUAUUAAUAUAUGUAUUUGUUUUGUGUACCUUGUAGACACUGCAGGGCAUUUAGGAAUCGCGUGUAUAUUAUACGUCCUGUUAAACAUCCUCUUAUAUAUAUUAAUAAUAAGAUGGGGUGUAGUAUCAUUCAAUCGAAAUGCAAGGAACUUCAAGAGAGUUUUAUUUGUAAUAGCUCACCCUGAUGAUGAGUGUAUGUUUUUUGGACCUACAAUUUUAAACUAUACAAGAAAGGAGAAUUGCACAGUAUAUUUAAUGUGUCUAUCAACAGUUAUUGAUAGCCUAUGUGUCGGAAUUUGUAAGAUUGAGGAAUUCUGUGUAUUGUAGCAGCUGUGUGCAUUGAGUACAUCAAAGCUACUGUAGUUAUUCUUAACAUAUAGUAAAAGUUGGAAUAUGUAGAGGCAAGGCAGGGUGAGUAUCUUUAAUUUAAUGAAAAUGUCUCUACAAGGUGUUCUAUUGAUUGCACAAACUGUCAACCUCAUAGCUGUUUUCUGGAUUACAAAUAUCCUGUUUAUAUAACUGGAUGCACCCCAGAUUAUUAUUCCGUAAGAAAUGAUGCUCUGAAAGUAAGAGUAGUAAUACACAAUGAUCACAGAUCUAUCCUCAACAGAUUUCAGCUGGUUUAUACAAUAAACAAGAGGUUGUAGUUUCUUUUAUAUAUUGUUUAUAUGCAGUUCCCAUUUGCAGUUAUUUGUUAAAUGUAUGCCAAGGACUUUUACACCAUUCUCUUGUUUGAUGGACCCCUCCCUCGAUUUUAUCAGAAGGCUGUUGAAAUAGCCUGUCAAACAGGAAAAGCGCAAAAACUGUGAAUUAUCUAUGUUCAAUAUGAGACCAUUAACCCUGAACCAGUCAUAUACCCUUUCAAACUAAUCACUGGCAGAUCUUGAUAGACCAGAGACAGUGGGAGAUUUGAUGAGGAUGGAUGUGUCAUCAGCAUACAUAAGUGCAAGUGCAUUUGAAAUCAUUCACAAAAAUGAUAUACAACAGUGGGCCCAAUAUUAAUCCUUGUGGUACACCAAUUGUAUAGCUGAGUAGAUUGAACUGACUAUUCAUUUAGUUGAAUAUAGUGCUGUCUAUUGGCCAAGUAGCUUUUGAACCCAUGGAGUGGCAGUCCUCUGAUACCAUAAUAUUCAAGCUUUUGCAACAAUAACUCGUGAUCUACUAGGUCAAAAGCUUUACUCAAGUUAUGAAUAUCGCAAGAGACUUGCUUCCUUCAUCAAUGCAAUUGUAUAUCCUACUGACCACAUGUUUUUCAAUUACUUUUGUGAACAGGUUCAAGGGACAUAUAGGCCUAUAAUUUUUUAUGUUAGUUAGGUCUCUUGAUUUUAAAACAGGUAUCAUCUUAGAAAUCUUCAGGGCAUCUGGAAAUUCACUUGAUUGUGUUGACAGAUUCACUAAGUAUGAGAAUGGCUCUAUAAUGGAUUUACUACAUUUUUUCAGCAUGUUAGUACCAAAACCAUCAGUCCCUAAGCAGUUAAAAUUUUCAGAUGUGUUAUUAUGUGGACAUCAUUCUCCAUACCUGGACGUAGGAAAAAGCUUCUGGAACUGUUUACAUAGAAAGGAACUGAACUAGGCUUCAAGUUACCUCGAAGUUGUUUUGGGCCAUUCACAAAAUGUUCAUUAAACUUGUUUGCCAGUAUACAGUCAUCUUUGAGAGAGCGAGACUAAUUGUUUGCAUUCAUAAUUAUGUCUCCAUUUCAUAUUUUUUUUGCUGUCAUUAAAAGUUUUCUGUAUAUCCUCUUGUAGAUAUCAUAAUACUUUUUGGUUUCAUUGUUAACAAUAAAGUAAUACAGAUCAUUUAGUCUUUGUCCAGAUACUAGCAACCCUUUGGUUAACCAUGGUUUUGUUUUUAAUCUGUUUUUAACUGGGAAGGAUAUCUCAAAGUAGUAAUUUAAUAUACCGUUAAAUAUACUAUAUUUUUCAUUAUGUCACCAUCAGUAUUAUACAAGGAUACCCAGUUUUCUUCUUUGAGGAACUGAUUAAAUUGUGUAAUAUUAUUGAUAUUAUCUAGCUGCCUAUAUUCCGAUAAUACUUUAUUGUUUUGUGCAUUUUUGAUGUUAAGAUUUACAAUAAAAAUUUGAGAUAGAUGAUGACUAAUAUUUCCAUUAAUAACAGAGCUUUGAUAUAACUCUUUGUCAAAGUUCACACAGAUAUGGUCUAUGCAACACAUUCCUCGUCGGCUGAUCUAUUGUUGUUUGAAUUCCCCAAGAGUACAGUAAAUCUAACAAUGUGUCCAACUCAUAACUGGGUUUUAAAAAGUUUACAUUAAAAUCUCUAGACAAAAUCAACAUAUAAUCUCUAAACCUCUCACCAAUAUCGGUCAAUGUUGUACUCAGUUGUUCUGUAAAUAGAUUAAAAUCGGCAUUGGAGCUCCUAUAUAUACACAUAGUAUAAUCAUUUUAAAAUCCUUAAAACAGCUUAUCACAGAUUCAUAUUCUUUUUCAACAGAAUGACUAGAGAUAUUAUGGAAAUGAAUACCUUUUUUAACAUAAAUUCCUACACCUCCAUGCUGAUAAUGAGUCCUACAAUAAAAAUUUGCCAAUGUAUAAUUAUUCAAUUGCAAGGAAUUUUGCUGAGCCUUCUGUUCAGAUACACAAAAAAUAUAUAGUUGUAAUCACUCAAAAUCUCUCUCACUCUAAAUCUAAUAGUUUAUUUGAAAUGCACUGAACAUUCGGUGCAUUACAAUAAUCUUGUUACUAUUUUUGCAUCUAGAUAAUUGUUCCUUG